UUUUCACCUCUAGUGCUUUCAGUGGAAAAACCCAGAAAAAUUGACUCAUUUUCAAACUCCAUCGCCUCAUUUUCACCAUCAAACUCAUCACUGGCGCGCAGACAAUUGAUUUGUGUGUGCAAAUAGUGUGGAAAAUGCUGAUAAGUGGUGGAAAAGUGGAGUGAUAAAAAUGAGAGGGUGGAACUUUUGAGAGUGUUCUCGUGGAGGAAAAUAUAUUUUCACCAUGAAUGCAUUCGGCGUUCUUCUCUGCUGCCUGAUUCUCAUUCCGAGCACAGUGAUUCCAUCGAGGGACCCGCGUGCGGACGAAAACAUCAAAUAUGGAUUGGUUCACGCAUGGGCUGAGAAGUUGGGCAUUGAGCUCUGGCAUGUUGGAGAGUUUAUAACGCGACGGAAACUAGUUCAAGAUAGCUUUAAGCAAGCUCAAGUUGUGCCACGAUCCGGACUGAAAAUUGCUGAUGAAAUGGCAAAGGAGAUUCACUACUUGAUGGAGUCAAGAAUAAGUGCUGUGAAGCGCAUCAUGGAUGCGGCUGAGAAUAUGGCUUUGUCUUAUGAGCACAAGGAAGCCGAUCAGGACUUUCAGUACUACAAUGCGAAGGAAAUGAUUGAACCCGGCGAGGCUCCACCCACAGCUGAUCCCAGAGAUCUUGACGACAACGGAGAGCCCAAGAAGCUGAUACCGCCGAAGGAGAUAAGUCUCACGCCAGAACCACACUUCUUCAACGUUCGCGUGAACACGAAUUACAGCUCAGUUCACGUGCCGACAAAUGUUUACGAUCGAUCAAUCGAAGUGAUCUCGGCAAUUGAGUGGUCAGAGAAGUUGGACAGCAUCUUCAGGGAUAACUACAACAAUGAUCCAACUCUGUCAUGGCAAUUCUUCGGAAGUUCCACGGGAUUCAUGCGUCAAUUCCCCGCUUCCAAGUGGCAAGAGGAUCCCGUGGAUUUGUACGAUUGUCGCCUGAGAUCAUGGUACAUCGAGGCGGCCAACAGUCCCAAAGACAUAGUCAUUCUCGUUGACUCUUCCGGCUCCAUGACUGGACAACGCAACGACAUUGCCAAGCACGUGGUGAACAGCAUUCUCGACACUCUCGGCACGAAUGACUUUGUUAACAUCUUCAACUUUUCCCUCGGCGUGGACGAGAUCGUGCCAUGCUUCCGCGAUAUGCUCGUGCAGGCGAACAUGGAGAAUAUUCGACAGCUGAAAAUGGGCAUGGAAGGUCUGCGCACGGAGGAGAUUGCCAAUGUCACGGCGGCACUGAUAAGAGCCUUCGAAUUGCUGGAAGAGUAUCGAAAUGAUCGAGUCGGAGCGCGAUGCAAUCAGGCGAUUAUGCUCAUUUCGGACGGCGUGCCGUACAAGUAUCAGGACAUAUUUGAGUACUACAACUGGCCCUACAUCCCUGUGAGGAUGUUCACGUACUUGAUAGGACGCGAAGUGGCGGAUGUGAAGGAGAUCAAGUGGAUGGCGUGCGAGAAUCGCGGAUAUUAUGUGCAUCUCAGCACGAUGGCGGAAGUGAGAGAACAGGUGCUGAACUACAUUCCAGUCAUGGCAAGACCGCUGGUCCUCAACAAGACUCACCAUCCGAUCGUCUGGACUCAAGUGUACGCAGACGAGAUCGACCCGAAGAUGACGGAUUGGCAGUGGGAGAUUCGGGAGCGCGAGGAGCAAAGAGAGCGCUUCAUGAGUCAGCGCAAGAACUACUCAGCCUUCCACCAUCCAGACGAACAGGAUCGUCGCUACCGCUAUAAACUCAAGAAGAACCUAGAUCAAUCCACGGAAUCAGACAAGUAUCAUUUCAUGACAACAGUUGCAAUGCCCGUGUUUGAUAGGCGUGAAAAUGCCAAUAUAACGGAAGACAUUCUAGUUAACGAGGCAUAUUGGGUCACGAUAACACGUGAGACUAAAAUUGCCAACCUCCUGGGAGUCGCAGGCACGGAUGUUCCGAUAAAGGACAUUAAGCGACUUAUGAUGCCUUUUAUGCUUGGGGUCAAUGGAUAUGCUUUCAUCGUCACUAACAACGGCUACGUUCUGAUUCAUCCAGAUCUGAGACCAAUCUUCCAGGGCAUCUUGAAGCCGGCGUAUAACGCUGUGGAUAUGAUCGAAGUGGAACUAAUGGAUGAUGAUAGGGAUCCGAGGGAUUUCAAUGAGAAUCUCAUAGAGAUGAGAGACUCAAUUAUAAAUCAGUCGAAUGGGUCCAAAUGGAUGCUGGUGAAAUAUCAUUUGGACAACAUGCGGAGAGUGUCCCGCAUAAAGCGCCAGUACUUCUGGACACCACUGAAGGAGUCCGCCUUCUCACUGGUCGUGACUUAUCCGGAGAGUUACGGUGUGAAUCGGAUCCAACCUCGCACGGAGGAUGAGAUACACCGACUCCUGGCGCAGGGACACAAUCUCACUGACUUCUUCAGCGGCACACACUGGAGCAUUCAUCCGGACUGGAUCUACUGCAAGAGCAAGCAUCGCUUCUACAGCAGUCCGGAGAAUGAGCUGAAGGACGUGCUGAAGAACAUGAGCAAGCCAGGAUGGCGCUGGCCGACAAAUAGAACGCCUCCGCCACCCGAGCACGCGGCCAGCUUCAAUUACUCUAACAAUUCAGGACGUUCAGCGUCAAAAUCAGAAAAGGAUCAGUACUACUGUGACCGAAAUCUCAUGCAAUCCCUGGUUUACGACGCAAAAGUUACGAGUUGGUGGAAUGCAACACAGAAUCUCAAAGACGACAAAGGUCCAAGUCCCAUUGCUGUGCUAAUGGGUCUUUUGCCAAGGAAUGAGUUCAAGCAGCGCUUUGGGAUAACCGUAGCCUUCAUGGCGACUCACAGUGGUUUAAUGCGAUGGCAAGAGUUCUACAGCAAUUCCGUGGAAGAAAUUCGAUCUGAUCAAAGCUUCAGUGAUGUCAACAAGCGAGCUGUGGAUGAAAUUUGGUACAAACGCGCCGUUGAACAACACUUUGUCGAGUCGACGAGCUUCACUUAUUCAGUGCCAUUUGACGCUGCGGAGGAAAUCCAGAACACAAAUGACACCCUCGUCACGGCCAGUCACGCGAUCUUCCACUCGGAUGGUGGAAAAUCCGCUCCAGUGGCUGUUGUUGGCUUCCAGUUUCAACACUCCGCCUUGCUCACGAUGUUCCGCAACAUCACAGCGAAUUGCGGCGACGCGAGUUGCUCGAAAACCUGCGCCUCAGACGGAAUCAAUUGCUACAUCCUGGACAACAAUGGCUAUGUGAUUGUCAGUCCUGAGAUUGCAGAGACGGGCAAGUUCUUUGGCGAAGUCAAGGGAUCCAUAAUGCAGCGUCUUGUGGAUGAGAACAUCUACAAACAAGUGUUGAUCUAUGACUAUCAAUCCGUCUGCUUCGCGCUCAAGAACGAAUCGGCGAAUGUGGCGGGAAUUCUUAUGAAUCCCUUCAAGUUUCUCUUGCAACUCUUGCAAUCUUUCGGUCGUCUUGUUAUGUUUUUCCUGGUGGAACUUCUGAUCCUCCCGACGGAAGCCUACAAUGCCUACUCCUACGCAGCCGAUGAUCUGUACUACCCAGAGAGCUACGAUGGUUUCGUGCUGCCCACGGAACCCUACGGCGGUCAGCUGCCGAAAGCCAAGGAGCCGGAGUUCGAUCGGCGAGUGCUGAUCAACAAAACCCGACCAGAGACGUGCGAUCAGGUGAUCACACUGUAUCAGCUCAACAUGGAGAAGGAGAAGACGGUGUUCAAGAAGCCCGCCAGCGGCUGCGAGCGUCCCUUCGUGGUCACGCCCAUCUCCUACAGCAACCUCAUCCUCCUCGUGGUGGACACUCUGUGCCCGAUCAGCGAUCCCGAGAUCAUCCUGUCCACCAUGGCCAUGAAUUUCGACUACAACGGCUCGCUGGCCUGCCACAAGAUCCGCUUCAACGAUCUGCAGCGCAAGCGCCCGGUCAGCUGCAUCAACACACACGACAAGGAGAGCACGAUUGAGCUCUGCGGCGAGGCGUCACGAUUCGGCGUCUCCCUGGGCCUCCUGUCACUCAUCCUCGUCAGCAUCCUCCACUAAGCAGUCGCGUAAACUAUAGUGAAUGUGAGGAAGAAAAACUCGAAAAAAAUGUCCAACACACAAGGAGCCUUUAAAAAAACGAUGAUAGAUCCUAGAGUAAACAAAAUCGGAACCAUAUUGAGCAUAACGUCGAAAAAAAAAACACUAUAAAACAUCAGACAUUCUCUUACCAAAAACUGUGAUAAACAAUUCGCGUUGAAGAAACAAGAAAGAAAAAAAGAAAAUCUGAUGCAAUCGGAGAACAUCUCACCAGCCCCGAAACGAGGAAGAAAAGUUGAGAAAUUUCCAUAAAGGAGAAACCAUUUUAUGCAUUUCGAAAAUAACAUUUAGAGCUUUUUCUUAUAUAUAUAACAUAUUAAACGACUUUGUCAUUUUCAUUGAGAGAGAGAGAAAUAUAAAAAAGGUAUAUAUAAAAGAGAAGAUCUGUAUAAAUAAAUAUGGAAUAAAUACGAUUCAAUGUAA